ACGGAGGGUGGAGCGGGACGGACAGGGCCCCCCCGGGGCGGCCGCCGCCGCCGCCAUGGCCGCCGUCUGGCAGCAGGUACUCGCCGUGGAUGCCAGGUACGCAGCCUACCGCACGCCCCGCUGGCCCCAGUUCCGGACGCAGUACGUGCGACGACGCAGCCAGCUGCUGCGGGAGCAAGCGCAGGGAGGGACGCUGGAAGGUGGCACCCGGCGCUGGUACCUGCGGGUACGCACCCGCCUGCUGGCCCAGCGCUACGGGGCCCUCUCCGAGCAGAGGAGCUGCCGGGCCCACAGUAGCAGCGCCCUCCGUGCCAGCCGCACCACCCUCGACCGCAUGGAGGACUUCGAGGAGGACCCGCGCGUGGCCCGGGGACACCGGCGCUCCCUCAGCUGCGGCUCCCACCCCGGGGUCCCCCGCGGGACCACCGACGAGCGCCCCCCCGGAGUGGUCCCCACGCCGCUGGCGGAGGCGAGCCGCGCCAUGGCCGGGGACACGACGCUGAGCGAGAACUACGCUUUUGCCGGCGUCUACCACGUCUUCGACCAGCACACCGACAGCGCCGUGCCAAAAGUCCAGUUUGCGCACGACGACCGGCACCUGCUGGCGUGCUGCUCGCUGGACGGCACCAUCUCGGUUUGCCGGCUGGCGCCGGGGCCGCCGGCGGUUCUGCGGGUGCUGCGGGGCCACAGCGGCGGCGUGGCCGAUUUCGCCUGGUCCCUCUCCAACGACGUCCUCGUGUCGGCCUCCCUCGACGGCACCUUGAGGCUCUGGGCCCCCGCCGACGGGCGCUGCAUCCGCCGCGUGCCCGACCCCGACGGCGCCGCCCUGCUCUCGGUCGCAACGCGGGGAGCCUAUAGCACGAGCCGUAGCCACCCUGUCUGUUGUCUUCCUCGGCUCUCUCAUCUCCGUGGUCAGCGUUCCAAGCAACGGGCAACAAACCAUCCGUUUUCUGUGCCGACUGCGUUCUUCGCGGCUAUCUAUUUAUCGAUCCCCCCAGUGUUCAUCCACGGACCAAAAAUCCCGUCUUUUAGCCCCUCCGUAUACAGCUGA